CGAGAAUGUCAACUAUUCAGUCAUUCCACAUCUUCAAAAUUAGGGCUCGUUGAGAACCUGAUGAUGCGAAGCUCUCCGCGAUAUAAGCGGAGUGACGACUACAAUGAUAACGAGCCCAAUAGUACCAUAACCUGCACCCAGGCUGACGCGGAUGAAGAAGCGCAAUGGCUUAGGAGAGAAGAGCUGGGAUUUGAAGAUGAUUCAUUACAAGCACCACCAAUACUUCGGAACCAACGGACAAGUUUUUGGACCUUCUUACGCGGACCUGAACCGCCCCGCAUCCAGGUCAUCCGACCCAUCUUUCCGCUCAUUCAGAAGUCUCCCAUCAGAGUACUCGAAGCGCGCAGAGUCAAUAAGAAUGUCUUGCUAGCUAUAGUAUUACUGCUUUGGUUCCUCAUAUUCAUCUUGUUCCUGACCGCACAACUUCCCAUUCGCGAUGGUGAUGGCAACCACGUCCUAAACCUCGACUGCGUCGAUACACUUUGGAGGCGCAAGAAUGAGUGUGGGAUCAACGGCAUCGAUUGUCGCCCAUUUAGUAAUCAGUCAUUCGCUUUCAGAUGUCCUGCCAAAUGUGCUGAGGUGCAACUUCUGAAUCCACACAUGGUGGGUCCGCUCGAGGUCAACUACCGCCCUCUUGUUAUAGGUACAGGACCAUAUCGCGGGGACAGCUUCAUUUGCGGAUCUGCCAUUCAUGCCGGUAUUAUCAAUGAUCGGAAAGGUGGCUGUGGUCGCAUUACCCUCAACGGCAACCAUGACCAGUUCCCGAGCACCAUGCACCACGGCAUCGAGUCAAUUGCGUAUGAUUCAUACUUUUCGAAGUCGUUCUCCAUUGCAUCCGACGAUAGCUUUCGAUGCAGCUCCGAUCCUCGUUCACCAUUACUUCUUGUUUCGCUCAUAUUCACCUUUGCGCUUGCUAUCUUCUCGACUUCGCCAAAGAUCUUCUUUCCCAUCUUCACGCUCAUAUUUGCGCAUGUGGGCUUUGCAUCCGACCCACCAUCAGCAUCAUAUCUCAACAUUACUGUCUUACCGGAUCACAUAUCAAUGUUCGCGAAGCGACUUUUACCGGCAAUCUUUGUUGCUGUUGUCAUAUAUACAACCACGGUCAAGCGUACAAUAUCUGGAUUAACCGCCCAAUUUGAGAAAGCCUUAUUUUGGCUCGGUGGCUUUUGGAUUGGCGCCCUAUCAAAUUACACAUUCGAAUGGAUACCAAUAUCACGACUCACAGCACACGACCUAGACCAGCAGCCUGGAGCAAAAUUUGCUCUGGCUAUGAUCAUCCUGUUCUUAGCUACAAUAAUAGCUGGUCAAGUUUACUAUUUUUGGCUUGAGGGCCGCUUGCUCCGCUACAUAGGCUUGUAUGGGCUCUUCAUUUCUGGUAUUAUUGUCUGCUUGAUGAUUCCAGGCGUCAACCUACGGAUUCAUCACUAUAUUCUAGCACUUUUAUUCCUCCCAGGAACCACUCUUCAAACACGGUCAUCACUACUAUACCAAGGCAUCCUUCUUGGUCUCUUUAUCAAUGGAAUAGCGCGUUGGGACUUUGAUUCCGUCCUUCAGACUUCUGAAGCACUACGUGCUGACGCGAAACUCGGCUCUACUAUCCCUCACAUCCUGGAGCCAACUAUCAACAUCAGUACCGGAGCUUUAGUUGCAACUUUUGCAUACGGCACGCCACCAUCCGGAGUCGAUGGAAUAAGUGUACUAGUGAACGACAUGGAGCGUGAUCGUGCGUUCUACAAUGAUGGAUUGGAAGGACGUCAGAGCAAUUUCGAAUGGACAAGACCUGCCAACGCAAAGUCUAACGAGUAUUUCCGCUUCGCUUAUGUGAAGAGUGGCCGAACUUUAGAUUUUUCCAAAGCCGGCACCUUGUUCAGUAAUGGAACAUGGAGUUCUGGGGGAACUUGAAUCAGUCACCUUCUCGGUUGUGACAUCAAAGAGCAUUCCACGGUUGUCCUUAAUGUCGAGCUUUAUUCGACAUGUCAAGAUAAGAUCUGUAACUCCUACAGAUGACAGACAGCACUCGCAUGAAAAGUGGAACUAAAAAGGACUAAAUAUUUCGUCAUUGUUUUGAUUUCGCUUGCCUAUCCUCAAUCUCGCAGGACGUUCAAUGACGGCCUUGAUUAUCUCGACCCCAACCGCAUGUCAACACCACCAUAGCCAAAUAUCAUAAGAACAUAUCAGUAUCAGCCCGAAUUUCUUGCAUCUCUUUUUCUUUUCUGUAUUACUCUUUUUCUCUAUUUUAGAGGCCACGUUUGAGAACUGCGCAUUGCAUGCUCUCGCAUGUCAGUUUCUACAGCAUUCAAUACA